GACCUAUCUGCCUAACGUCCGUGCUGUGCAAGUUAAUGGAAAGGAUUCUCAAGCGCGCCCUGCAGCUUCACUUCGAGAAUCUUAACAUCAUCUCCUGUGCCCAGCAUGGCUUUCGGCGGGCACGCUCAUGUACCUCGAACUUGCUUGUUGCUAGGGAAAACUGGGCGAGGUCGUUAGACGCUGGGAAACGAUUGGAUGUGGUUUUCGUAGACUUCAGCAAGGCGUUUGACAAGGUCCCCCAUGAAAGGCUCCUUCUUAAACUCCGAGGUACCGGUGUCUCUGGGAAUGUCCUUUCCUGGAUCGCUGAUUUUUUGAAUGGCCGGACCAUGCGAGUCAAGGUGAAUGAAGCCUACUCCACUCCUGUGCUGAUGACUAGCGGUGUUCCGCAAGGGUCAGUACUUGGUCCAGAACUGUUCAAGAUAUUCAUCAAUGAUCUCCCAUCGGAGCUUCAGAUGGAUUGCCUGGUUUACGCCGAUGAUAUGAAGCUGUGGAUGGAGGUAACCUGUCUUGAGGAUGCUGACAGAUUGCAGGCAUCAUUGGACAUUCUACACGACUGGUCAGUCAACUGGCAAUUGCCCAUAAAUUGUGAAAAAUGCUCAGUUCUCCCCAUAGGCGCCCUCGAACCGUUCGGGAUAUACCAUAUUGGUGGGGUGUUACUCAGAACCACCAUUCUUGAAAAAGAUCUCGGUGUGCUUGUCUCACAUGAUUUACGGACCUCAGAAGACACACUACGGAGGGUUGCCGCUGCCACCAGGAUGUCCCAUGCCAUACGGAGAGCCUUUUCGAGACUGACUCCGGAAAUUUUCAGAAUCCUGUUUACUUCUCAUGUGCGCCCGAUCCUUGAAUACGGACUACCCGCCAUCUGUCCUCUUACCAGGUUCGAGUGUAACAUGAUUGAGAAGGUACAGCGGCGUGCCUCGAAAUCCAUACUGGAGUUAAGGGACUUGCCUUACCCUCAUCGACUACAGCGGAUGCACCUGUUCUCCCUGGAAUAUCGCCGACGUAGAGGUGAUCUGAUUUUUACUAGGCGAAUUCUGAUGGGGGAAAUGGGGAUGGAGCUACAAGCGUUCUUUCAAGUCAACACUAAUAGUUCCACUCGGGGGCACAACUGGAAACUAUAUAAACCCAGAAGACUCAGAGUUCGCUCCACUCUCGCUCUAUCAACCCGCAUUGUCAAUGACUGGAACGACUUGCCGAAACAUGUGGUCGACGCGCAGUCGGAGGAAUGUUUCAAGCGAUUUUUGGAUUCUCACUUGAUGAGUAAGCUGGGACCCUGCUUCUUCCAAUGUAGCUGUUACGGCCCCUUGUGGAAUACCGUCUCGUAGCGACUCACGGCAUCCACGCAAUGAUCGGGAAGUGAAGGAGCUGACAAAGGACUUUCCUUC